UCGUACAGUGAAACCUGUUAGAAAACCUUACGUGUGACAGAAGGAUAGUACUAGUCGGAAUCAAAACAGUUUACGCAGCAUUACGGUGCAUUUCUCCGAUUCUGGCAGCAGCUACACAAGAUGCCCAAGUAUUGCUCAGCUCCGAACUGCAAAAAUGACGCUAAAAAUUCUGACAGGAAGAGUUUUUACAAGUUUCCACUGAAUGACCCAGUUAGGCUGAAGCAGUGGCUGAUUAACAUGGGGCGUGAGGAUUGGACCCCUUCACGGCACCAGCACCUCUGUCAUGAGCACUUUACGCCCACCUGCUUCACCAUGCGCUGGGGAAUCCGUUACCUUGCCAACGACGCUGUCCCCACCAUCUUCCAGCUCUCCGAGACUGCGGAGAAAAGGAAAGGAGGGGACAGAUUGGAGCGAAAUCCUAAACGGCAGCGAAGCUUCAGCAGGAAGCUUGUGGUGGGGAUGCCCCCCAUUGAUCCGACGUCCCGGGAUAGUGAACCCAACCCUGUGCAGCUGUACGCCAUCGCUGUGGAUCCCUCUCAGCCUGCGCCGCCUGUGCUCCUGGACCCUGGCAGCGCUGGGCACGCGCCGGGGGUGGGCGGCCAUGUUGUGUCGGUGGACGAGCUCCCGAUGACACUGUUCCAGACAGUGGAGGACCUGGGCCAGCCUGGCGAGGGAGAGCAGCACAUUGAGGUCAUGGUCAAAUCGGAGGGCGCGGCGGUGGGCGAGGAAGAGGAAGGGCAGCUGAAGGAGGCAAAGGGGAUGAUGAGUGCCGCCGUCGCGAUGGAGAGCCGGGACGCAGCCGCCAGCGAGGGCGCCCUCCGCGCGGUCCCCGCCCUGCCGUCCCUGACUGUUGAGAACGUGGCCCUGGAGAUGGUGGAGCCCCCUGCUGCCCCGGAUGACCGGGACGUCCAGAUAAUCGCCUACUUCGAGACCAUACCCAACGUUCUGCCCGCGGGCUUGGCCGGCCAGAUCUGCCCCGCACCAGACACGGUGCUGUCGUCUGCGCUCAGCUCCACACCCAUCGUCUCCACCCUCCCCAUCGUGUCCAAGCACCUGCCCCCCUCCCCUGGCUCGCUGGUGCUCACCCUGGAGAGGCUGGAGAGCGUGGAGAGGGACGGAGAGACGGGGGCUGUGGAGGAAGACCGCACGGAACAGCAGGGGAAACUGCUGGAAGAGCACCGCUAUCACAAGAACACUCUUAGCAAGGAGCAGCUGGAGGCCAUCGUGAUCGAGCUGCAGAAGAAGGUGAAGGUUCUGCAGCAGAGGCACCGCAGACAUCUGGACAAGCUGCUGGGCCUGGAGAGCACUGUCAGCCAACUUAGGCACAGCAACUUGGUCAACGAGGAGCGACUGCAGCUACUGGAGAAGGCAUACGUACAGACUAGUGCAGCAGUGUCAGAAGCUGGGGAGACUGUGGCCAUCAUCUGCGAGGAGGACAACACGGCUUACCUCUACUCCCUUCCUAAGUACGAAGUGGAUGUGGAGGUUGACUAAGAACCAAGGGGCUUUCUCUCCACGGGUCAGUUGGGAUACGACGUCCUCGGCUCCUGAUGCAGAGGACGGUGUGGUGAAAGAGAAGGUGUGGUGAUUUGCACGGCAGCUCAAGAUGAUGUUCACGUGAUGUUUAAAAAAAAAAAGUUGCCACCUUUCGGGGCCAAGCGACAGGAAAACAGGGGUCAAAGGUCAGAUGGAAUUCUGAGAUGGGGAAUCUCAGUAGCUCAGAAGUCAGAACCAUGAGUGUGCUACUAGCUUGUUGUCAUGUGUGGCUGGCGUUGCUGUUCUGAAACUUGGCUGUUUCACAGUUCAUCCUGGUUAAAGCAGAGAUUGCUUAGCUGACUGCCCAAGCUUGUGCCAACUGUUUUUUUCUUUUCUUUUGCCAACAUAUCUUCCUGGGUUUGCUGCUUCUCUGUGUGAAAUAUUUUUACUUUUAUAUAAGUAAAAAGAAAUCUUUCAAAAUCACUGUCUGAUAAAAGUGUGAUGAAAAUUCUGUCACUUGUUUCUCCUGGCUUGUCAUUUUUGGUUUUCGUUUUGUACUUCUUUUCUUGUAGUCGUUAAACGACAUCACUUCCUGGGGCGAAAACUUAUGGGGCAAAUAUUAUGAAUUGAGAGAAAAGGUUGUAACACUGGGAAUUAGUGCACAUCUUUAUGUAUAUUGAAGAUGAAUGUAGAAAAUUGUGGAAUUGCAGUAAAAUUAAAUCCUUGCAUUGUUUUAUCUUA